AGUUGGAGACUGACGUUUGCGUAACAGCAUGCAUUAUCAGAUUCUUAUAUGCUCCAGAAACUUACAGCAGCUUGCUUUUUCUAUAUACAUCCUCUCUUUUUGAGGAUGGGAAAUAGACAGGGAUCCGUUUGAUCUGUUUAGCCAAGUGGAACAUUUUUUUCUCUUUUCAAUGGAUUGUGAACAUAUUGAGGAGUAUUUCCGACGUGGCUUAACAAAUGAUGAAAUCCUUGCUUUGCUGGCCGAGGUUCAUGGGAUUACUCUAAGCAAGAGGACAUUGGAAAGGAUUCUUAGUAAGAAGAAACUUUGGCGCCGAAAGAACAAAACAGAUGAUAGUGUUGUGGCAGCAUUCAUCCAACAGCAGCUUGAAACAUCUGGACAGUGUCAUGGAUAUCGAUAGAUGCACCAAAAAUGUUGGAUGAAUGGUCUAGUAACAGACAGGGAAACAGUUCGAGUUCUUCUAAGCUUACUAGAUGGUGAAGGAGUUGACCUAAGGUCAAGAAAUCGACUGCGGAGACGAGUUUACCAUAGUUGUGGCCCGAACUACGUUUGGCAUAUGGAUGGUUAUGAUAAGCUCAAACCAUUUGGAAUUGGAAUUAGCGGAUGUAUUGAUGGUUUUUCUAGAAGACUGAUAUGGCUUGAGGCAUACAAAACAAAUAAUGAUCCAAAAGUCAUUGCGGGGUACUAUAUUGAUGCAGUGAUUAAAGCUGAGGGUUGUCCUGAAAAACUGAGACUGGAUUUAGGGACAGAAAAUGUUCAUGUGGCUGAUAUGCAAAGAUUUUUGCAUUUUACAGAAAAUCAACCUGAAAGAGCUAAUGUAAUAUUUGGUCCAAGCACUGGAAAUCAGCGAAUUGAAAGAUGGUGGCUGGUCCUGCGAAGUGAAUGUGUUCAGUUCUGGAUGGACCUCUUUGACAAACUGAAAGCAGAUGGACACUUCUCAGACAACUUCUUGGACAAAGCCCUGAUUCAGUUCUGUUUUCUCCACAUAAUACAGAAAGAACUAAAUGAUGUUGCUUCAGCUUGGAACAACCACAGGAUACGUCCAGCACACAACUCACGAAGUCCUCAUGGGCGUCCAUCCAUCAUGUACACAGUACCUCAGGUGUAUGGAACCAGAGACUACCUUUACAGCAUAGAUUUGAACCGCGUUGAAACCUGCUUGGAAAACUGUGUUUUCAAAGACUUUCCAUGUGAUGAAGAUGUCUUCAGUAUUUGUGUGGACCUGAUUUCAGAGCAUAACCUGGGUGUCACAGAUGAUGUGUUUGCAACAACUGAUCUAUACAUUAGACUUAGACAGCUGAUUACCAAUGAUUUGGAGCUGCAGUGAUAAAUGUAAAAAAAUGUCUCUUUCAAGCCUUGAUGCAUUUUCACUGAUUAGGACCUUAGUACAGUUCCUGAAGUAACUUUAUUUUCUUCAGCACGUUGUAGCACUAGUAUGAAGUUGGGUCAAAUCCAUUCACAAGCAAUCAGUGCAUGAUGAUGCGAUAAAUCUGAUUUUAGAUAAAUUCA